AUCGACACAUUUUUAAUUCCUGUGUUUUUAUGAGAUUUGUUUUGUAAUUCUAGUGAUUAAAUUAAUAUAGACAUGUGCUUAUUAAACUAAUUAAUUAUGAUGACAAUGGAAAUUGACAACACAUUCAUUCGAGAACUAGAUUUAGAUUUACAGAAAGAAACUGUUUUAAAACUUCAUCAAAAAAUAGAAGGCGAUGUUAGUUGUGUCGUAUGGGAUGCUGCUAUAAUCCUGGCAAAAUAUCUGGAAAAGUUAUAUCAAAGCAACCAUGAUUUUUUUAAAAAGUUGAAAAUUAUUGAACUGGGCGCGGGGGUUGGUUGUGUAGGCCUGACAGCUGCUUGUUUAGGAGGCACCGUAACUUUGACGGAUCUACCAGAGGCUUUACCACUCUUAAAAUUAAAUGUGGAGACAAAUAAAACAUGUUGGGAACACACUCAUGGUUAUGCAGAUGUAUCUACCUUGGAUUGGGGAAAAGAGGUUGAAUUAAAAUGGUCUCCAGAUCUCAUUUUAUUGGCUGAUUGCAUUUACUACAAAGAGUCUAUACCUCUACUAUUCAAAACUUUAAAAAAAGUAGUUGGGUCUCAUACAGAAAUAUUGAUGUGCCAAGAAAUUAGAGAUACAGAGAAGCAGAAAGAAUGUUGGGAUCUUUUUAUUAAAACUGCCAAAGAAUCAUUUAGUAUCCAUAGUAUUCCAAUUGAAGAACAACAUUCGGAAUUUUCCAGUCCAGAUAUAGUUAUUUUGAAAUUGAAAAAGUUGUAAUUUUUACCAUUUUAUAUAUUAUGAUUUUUAUGAUUUACAUAUACUCAUAUGAUUAACUUUUUUACAUCCAUAAUUUAAAAGCAACGAAAUAAAAAACAUAUCUACUAA